GAACGUUGUACUCAGACGUCAUCGCCUAUGCCAAAGAAGCACGUGCGAAGGGAUUGAAAGUGCCAUUGCUCUUGAUGGGCUACUACAACUCAUUCCUGGCUGCUGGAGUGGAGGCCACAUGCAAGGAAUGCUCAGCAGCCGGCAUCGAUGGUUUCAUCGUGGUGGAUCUUCCUGUGGAAGAGUCCUGGAGAGUUAUGGCUCCGGCUGCUGCGUCCAACAACUUGAGCCUGGUCCCCUUGGCCUCGCCUACUAGCGGAGCAGAGCGCAUCGCCCAGGUUGCCGAAGCUGCCACAAGCCCUCUGCCCGGCAUGGUCUACGUCGUUUCUUUGCUGGGUGUCACGGGCACUCGAGAGGGCGAGGAAGCCAAAGCGAAGGCCAACCGCCUCGCAGAGUGCAAGGCAGUGGUGCAGUCUGUUCGUGAUGCGGCCAAGAAGCACGGCUACAAGGAGGGCGAUCUUCCUGUGGUCGUUGGCUUCGGCAUCUCCGAGAGAAAGCACGUGGAGGAGUUCAGCACUUUCGCCGAUGGAUGUGUUGUCGGCUCCAAGAUUGUGCAGGAGCUGGGCAAGAAUGGCAUCUCUGCCAUGGGAAGCCUCGUGCGCACGCUGAGCGGCGGCCCGCUUGGAAGCACACAGGCCGAGCCUCCGGCAAAGCGGCAAAAGACGCUCAGCGACAAGGAGGAGACGGAAAGGAAAAAGCACGCUGACAAGUGGAACUUUGGCACCUCCGUCUUCGGCGGUCGUUUCAUCCCAGAGACUCUGAUGGUAGCGCACCACGAGCUGGAGAUGGCUUGGAAGAAGUGGAAGGUGGAUCCGGAGUUCAAGGCGGAGCUGGCGCGGCUCCGGAAGGACUUCAUCGGCGGCCCCACCCCGCUGUACCAUGCAAAGCGACUCAGCGACUUCUGCGGCGGUGCACAGAUCUGGUUCAAGCGCGAGGAGUUGGCCCACACCGGCGCCCACAAGAUCAACAAUGCUGUCGGCCAAGCGUUGCUGGCCAUCAAGUUGGGCAAGAAGCGAAUUAUCGCUGAGACUGGCGCUGGACAGCAUGGCGUGGCCACCGCUGCAGCCUGCGCACUCCUGGACCUGGAGUGCAUUGUGUACAUGGGCGAGAUCGACACGGAGCGGCAAAAGCUCAAUUGCUUCCGAAUGCGUGAACUUGGCGCCACCGUUGUGCCGGUGAAGAGCGGAAGCCGCACCCUGAAGGAUGCCGUGAAUGAGGCACUGCGCGACUGGGUCACCAACAUCCGGACGACGCACUACAUCAUCGGGAGCGCCGUCGGUCCGCACCCCUUCCCGGACAUCGUCCGUGAUCUUCAAUCCGUGAUCGGCAACGAAGCUCGAGCACAGAUGCUGAACCAAACCGCUGGCGAGUUCGGACAUCCGACCUUUACCAACGGCCCCGGAAGGCUUCCAGAUGUGGUCGUAGCCUGCGUAGGGGGCGGCUCCAAUGCCAUUGGCAUGUUCACUGCCUUUCUGGAAGACAAGCAGGUACGCAUCGUCGGCGUGGAGGCUGGCGGUGAGCACGGCCCAUGGUUGCCGGAUGGCACCGAGACAGACAAGCACUCCGCCACUCUGACGAAAGGCAGCGUCGGCGUUCUCCACGGUUCCCGGACGUACCUGCUUCAGUCCCCGGACGGUCAGAUCAAGGAGACCCAUUCCAUUAGCGCCGGCUUGGACUACCCGGGAGUUGGGCCGCAGCACGCUUCUCUCAAGGCCUGUGGUCGCGUGGAGUACGUUUUCGCCACCGACACGCAGGCCCUUGACGCCAUGCGCCUGGUCUCCAGGAAGGAGGGCAUCGUGCCUGCCCUGGAGCCGAGCCAUGCGCUGCACCAGACCAUGGA